GAAGGUCCCAAAAGUAAAUAGGUCCGUUGAAUAAGCCCCGGUAAUUAUAUAUGCAGGAGUGCAAAGGUUAUUGUUGGCUAACAAUAGAACACACGAGGCCUGAAGACGACAUGAUCAAGGUGUGACCGCUCACUUCAUCGAAGAUCGUCAGGCUGUUCACGUCUCCCCCUGUAGCCAGCAUGUCGCCGACCUGUGGGGUGUGUUGUGUGUUCGUCUGCUUCACGGUCCUGUGCUUUCUACCGUCAGCAGAGGCGCAAACCAAAUGUGUCGCUUGCAGCUACCAGAUGGCCGGUGAUGGCACGACGGACUACGCAUGCGUGAACGAUUCUCUACGUCACACGCAUAGUACGAACAUCACCUGCAAUUUUACCACACACAGCUGUGUCAUCAAAGCCGUCUAUCGAUAUGAAGGUUAUCAAGAACUUCAGUCUGUCACGAGAAGCUGUCUGCCAGCAUCAGCCACAUCGUCGGAAGUCUGUGGUUACACCGACAGACGGACAUGUUUGCUGGAAUGCAAGACCAACAUGUGUAAUGCCGAGUCUAACGCCGACCUCGCCAAGAUAUACAUCAGCUCCAGCGAGGCACAAAACAAAUGUGUCGCUUGCAGCUACAACUUCGCCGGUGACGGCACGGUGGACUACGCAUGCGUGAACGAUUCUAUACGUCACACGACUAGUUCGAAUAUCACCUGCGACUUCACCACACACAGCUGUGUCAUCAAAGCCGUCUAUCGAUAUGAAGGUUAUCAAGAACUUCAGUCUGUCACGAGAGACUGUCUGCCAACAUCAGCCACAUCGUUGGAAGUCUGUGGUUACACCGACAGACGGACAUGUUUGUUGGAAUGCAAGACCCACAUGUGUAAUGCCGAGUCCAACGCCGACCUCGCCAAGAUAUACAUCAGCUCCAGCGAGGCACAAAACAAAUGUGUGGCUUGCACCUACCAGAUGGCCGGUGAUGGCACGGUGGACUACGCAUGCGUGAACGAUCCUCUAAGUCACAAGCUUAGUUCGAACAUCACUUGUGACUUCACCACACACAGCUGUGUCAUCAAAGCCGUCUAUCGAUAUGAAGGUUAUCAAUACCUUCAGUCUGUCACGAGAGGCUGUCUGCCAACAUCAGCCACAUCGUCGGAAGUCUGUGGUAACACCGACAGACGGACAUGUUUGCUGGAAUGCAAGACCAACAUGUGUAAUGCCGAGUCCAACGCCGACCUCGCCAAGAUAUACAUCAGAUCCAGCGAGGCACAAAACAAAUGUGUCGCUUGCAGCUACCAGAUGGCCGGUGAUGGCACGGUGGACUACGCAUGCGUGAACGAUCCUCUAAGUCACAAGCUUAGUUCGAACAUCACCUGCGACUUCACCACUUACAGCUGUGUCACCAAAGCCGUCUAUCGAUAUGAAGGUUAUGUAGAACUUCAGUCUGUCACGAGAGACUGUCUGCCACCAUCAGCCACAUCGUCGGAAGUCUGUGGUUACACCGACAGACGGACAUGUUUGCUGGAAUGCAAGACCAACAUGUGUAAUGUCGAGUCCAACGCCGACCUCGCCAAGAUAUACAUCAGCUCCAGCGAUAACCUGUCUAACUCUGUGCCAGCCAUGACCAUAGUUUUACAGCUCGUCUCGUGCCUGAGUAUCCUCUCAAUCACUUUGAUAUGACAGAAACAACAUCCUUAAAGGUGAACAUGCAUACGGACAUGCAGACUGCUGAUAAGAGCAACUCAAGCCAAAUAGCUCCUGUUAACAAAACUUAUAGUCAGUGAGCCAAUAUCCAAGUAAAUGUUGUCUCGGUCAAAUCACCUGUUGUUGUUAUACAUUGUACACGCUGAACAUUUACAUUUAUUUUUGCAUUAUGUCUGAGCAAAACAUGACGAGAGAGAAAUAAAUGACAUGCGAUUGUUUCUGGACUUAAUAAGAGAAAAAAGUCAAUGACUUCAGCGAGAGAGACAGUUGUGUCGGUUUCUUGUGACGAUCAAUGCUUAUCUCACUUCCUCGGACAUGUUGUAAGUGACUCACUCACAUCUCACUGUUUAGUGUCUCUUAUAGUUUACACAAUCUUAGAAAUGAAUGAAAUAACACAUACCAUAAUUUCAAGGUUCAGUUGUUUUGCUGUUGUUAUUUGUCGUGUUUGUGAAGAAAGGGAUUUUAAAAAUAAAUCUGUUCAACUCUG